AUGAUGGCAUCCCAAACUACUCUUGAAGAGAAAUUUGUGGAGCUUCAAGAAGCAAAGCAAACGCACCAAAAUUCACACCCCAAGAUCCAAAAGGUUGCUGAGUAUCUCCGAAAUAGAAAAAAUUUCGACAAGCAAUACUCACCCAAGUUGGUGUCAAUAGGUCCCAUCCAUCAUGACAAUCAAAAUCUCAAGUUAGGAGAGAGCUAUAAGCUUACCUGGGCAGCAAAAUACAUCCAAACCACCCAAUGCAGCCCACAAAUUCUCUACAAAAAGAUCGCAGAUAACAUCAAUGAACUCAAGGGUCUUUUUGCCGACGAUGUUUUAGCUUUAGCCAAUGCUGCGGAGUCUCUGAAAGGCUUCCGCAGCCUUGAAGAAAAGCUGUCAUGGCUGUUGUUCGUGGAUGGAUGUUCCUUGCUGUAUAUUUUGGUGAAUGUGAAUCUUGAUCAACUCGAUGAACCAAAAGAUGUGGACAUUAAGGUUGAUCAACUUGUUCUUGUGAUCAUGGAUGCGCUUUUGUUGGAGAAUCAGCUUCCUUAUCUAGUACUGAAGCUGUUGUGGAUAAAUGACAAUGAGACGGAAUUGGUAGAUAUUAUGAAGAAUUUUCUCAAAUGUCAUCAUUGGGCUACACCAGAAACUAAGAGGAAGUGGAAAUGGCAACGCAUUCUAGAGAGUAAAAGUACAGAAAACUUCUCUAACAUGGUUCACAGCAAAAAGGGAAAAGAAGAAGUACAUCAUAAUGAUACAGUACUGGAAUUACCGAAGGAGUCGUCACCGAUUCAUCUUCUUGAUCUUCAGCGUAAAAUCAUCCUCACUAAAUCGAAUUCCAAGACUGAAUCCGAUAAUGAAGCUAACAACAAAAAGAAGAAACAAAUUGGAAAAAACUCAGAAGAAAAAACCAAGAUGAUGACAUACAGGAACAUACAGGAUCUAAGAGCAGCAGGGAUAAAACUUAAAUCCAGCGCGACGCGAAGGCCAACAGACGUAGAUUUCUCAGAGGGUUGGUUUGCUGCAAAACUGACUCUUCCUGAGAUUGUUGUGGACGAUACCACAGCUUCUACUUUCCUGAACCUGGUAGCUUAUGAGAUGUGUCCAGAUUUUAAGAACGACUAUGGGAUAUGUUCGUUUGCGGUUUUCAUGGAUUCGCUGAUUGAUCAUCCUGAAGAUGUGAAGGAACUGAGAUCAAAAGGUAUUUUGCUGAAUUCGCUUGGGAGUGAUGAGGAAGUUGCUGAUCUUUUCAACAUUAUAAGUACUGACUUGGUACCUAACUCAGAAACAUAUCUUGAAAUUAGGGCUAAAAUACACGAGCAUUAUUGUAAUAAAUGGAAGACUUGGAUAGCCCUAGGUUAUCACACUUAUUUCAACAAUCCUUGGGCUAUCACUGGUUUCGUUGCUGCGUUUAUAGCACUCGCUCUCACUUUCGUUCAAACAUGGUUUUCCAUUUACCCGCGCAGCUAG